CCUGGAGAGACCCGAAUCCUUCCUCAAUUUUACAUGCAGCAUCGGCUGCUAACGGAAGUUCCUCAGGAAAGUUGAAAUCUGGAAGCACUUGGGCUCUUGGUGAAAGAUUUAGAAAGCCCGCAGAAGCGCCCCUCCUCCCCAAAUGAUGAGUCUGAUGAAAAGAAAUUAACAAGCCGUGUAGGGAGCCGCACAGGAUCAGCCAUGCCUGCUGCCCAAGUCUGUCUGUUGGUUGUUGCUAUGGCUACGGAAAGCCCGUGGAACCCAACGAGCUGUCUGCAGCAGUGCUGAGAGCACCAGCCAUUUUCCUUAUGGAAAACAGUGUGGCAUAUUCUGCUGAGCCUCCCCCUGGAAGAAGCAUGGACUGAAGAAUCCAUUCAGAGAAGAGAGAGGCAAGGGGCAUGCUGGCCUGCGGUGAUGAGAGCCCCCCACGCCUGCGAGCUGCCGUUUGCACCAGCCGUUGACGGCUGCUCUGAUUAGCUGAUUGGAGAACUUGGAAUGCAGAGUGAUAAUGCUGCCUGUCGGCUCUCAGACAGCAGAAAAGGGUUUUGUCUUGGGAAGGCAAGCCUUCCCUGCAAGAUCAUCGCCGCCGCUGCCUGGCUGCUCGCCCUGAAAAGGAGUGACCCAAAAAGAGGGUGUCACCGUCUGCAAACAGGGGUCCUGUGCCUGGCUGCUGCCUAUGAGCGGCGGGGCUGAAGAAGCAGGUGUGUGCUCGGAUGGGCGCGGGGCUGGAAGGCAGGCGGCCGCUCUCGGGUGUACCUGCUUCCGUUAGCAGAUUGUUGGCUCCUAGAGCUCUGCCUACCCGCUGAGGCCGAGGCUGAGAAGGUCCCUGGGUAGCCACUGGACGGACAGAGACACUUGGAUUGGACUUAAUCUUAAACCUCUGGAGUUCAAGACCUUUUAAAAAGGGCUAAAUAAACAAUCUCUACAUGUAAAAGGCCACUGACUCCUACUUCCUCUGUUGAGAGCAACUGUUGAACCCCAGCUGCCUGUAGGAAAACUGAAGACUUUAAUAGCAAACCCUCCAAGGUCAAAAUGAAUACAGAUAGCGGUGGGUGUGCUCGCAAACGUGCUGCCAUGUCUGUUACAAUAACAUCUGUGAAGAGAGUUCAGAGUUCUCCAAACCUAUUGGCUGCAGGGCGUGAUUCUCAGUCACCAGACUCAGCUUGGAGAUCUUACAAUGAUCGAAAUCAAGAGACACUGAACGGAGAUGCUACAUAUUCCUCUCUUGCAGCAAAAGGUUUCAGAAGUGUUCGACCAAACUUACAAGAAAAAAAGUCACCAACUCAGGCACCCUUUCCACCACCCAGAAAAGAGAGCUCUUGUAGCUCUUUGAUAACCAAUCACCAAAAGUGUGACAUUUUAGACCAAUUAGUAACUAACACACAAACUCCCUCCUGUACAAAGUACUCUACUAACAAAAAACCUCUUGAGGGAAUUAUGUAUUCUCAUGACGACUCUAACCAGACAAUUGUAUAUUCGGAAGAAUCUAACACAACUGUGUCGUAUACACAAAAAAUCACUAACCCGCUACCAAUAGCUGCCAGCACUGGUCCCCUACCAAAUGCUGAUAUCAGCACUCCAUUUCUACAAGAAGACUACACACAAGAUUCUCAGACUCGAAGAAUUUCUACAUUGAAACUAAUCCAUAACCAGGAUCUAGGAAGCAGUGUCCACUUUAAUACUCCACAGUUCUCUCAGUCUGUGGAAGUCCCUUCAUUUCUCAAAAGGCCUUGCUCACCACCCCCUAACCCAGUGCCUGAGAUACACACAGCAUCUCUUUCUAUUCAGAUAAAUCCCGUUUCAGGACAUGAUCCUGAAAGCCACAAACAGCUACCUGAGCUUUCUCCAGAGACUACAAAGAUACCUCUUCCGCAAGAGAGACAAAAAUCUGCAGUUGCUGCGGCCUCCCAGUCCUCAGACUGCCGGGUGCCUGGAAACCAGAACUUAGCUGCCAAUGUGCUGGAGAGCCAGAUAACAGUGAAUGGAAACUCUGGAGGUGCUGUGAAUCCAAUGAGUUACUAUCAAAGGCCGUUUUCCCCUUCAGCUUACUCUCUCCCAGGCUCGCUCAAUUCAAGCAUUAUCAUGCAGCAUGGCCGCUCACUGGACUCCGCAGAGUCGUAUCCCCAGCACGCGCAGUCCCUGGACGGCACCAUGGGCAGCUCCAUCCCACUGUACAGGUCCUCGGAGGAGGAGAAGAGGGUGACGGUCAUCAAAGCCCCACACUACCCGGGGAUCGGGCCCGUGGAUGAAUCCGGAAUCCCCACAGCAAUUAGAACGACAGUUGACAGACCAAAGGACUGGUACAAGACAAUGUUUAAGCAAAUCCACAUGGUGCACAAGCCAGGCCUAUACAACUCACCCUACAGUGCUCAGUCACAUCCUGCGGCAAAGACCCAGACCUACAGACCCCUCUCCAAAAGUCACUCGGACAAUGGCACUGAUGUCUUUAAGGAUGCCGCCUCCCCUGUCCCUCCCCCACAUGUUCCUCCUCCUCCUCCUCCACUUCGGCCAAGAGAUCGAUCUUCAACAGAAAAGCAUGACUGGGAUCCUCCAGAUAGAAAAGUGGACACAAGAAAAUUUCGUUCUGAGCCAAGGAGUAUUUUUGAAUAUGAACCCGGGAAGUCAUCCAUUCUCCAGCAUGAAAGACCACCCCCUCUCCCAACAACUCUGACACCUGUUCCAAAAGAACCCGGCCGGAAGCCUCUUUCUGUUUCAAGAGACGGAGAAGUAACGGGUAGCCCCUCCCCUCCGCCCAGGACUGGCCUCCCCAUACCAAGCCCGUGCACCCCGACUCUUUCCCCCACCUUGACUGAUCGCAUAAAUCCAGAUGACAUAGAUUUAGAAAAUGAGCCCUGGUAUAAAUUCUUUUCAGAACUGGAGUUUGGACGCCCGCCCCCUAAAAAGGCUCUGGACUAUGUUCGAGAUCAUUCUUCUGGUGUUUCCAAUGAGGCCUCCCUGUAUCAAUCCUCUAUAGACAGAAGCCUGGAAAGACCUACUAGUUCUGCGAGCAUGGCCAGUGACUUUAGGAAAAGGAGGAAGAGCGAACCUGCGGUGGGGCCACCCAGGGGCUUGGAUCCAAGUGCGAGCAGGACCAGCCCAGGGCGAGCGGACCUCCCGGGACCAGGCGGCCCCGUGACAAAGUCUUUCAUCAGUUCUUCUCCUCCUUCCCCCUCAAGAGCAAAAGGUGGGGAUGAUAUAUGUCCGUCCCUUUACAGUUACUCAGGGCUCAACGGCAACCCCUCCAAUGAGUUAGAUUACUGUAACGCUUACAGACAGCAUUUGGAUGUCCCUCGUGACUCACAGAGGGCCAUUACUUUCAAGAACGGCUGGCAGAUGGCCCGACAGAAUGCAGAGGUCUGGAGCAGCACUGAGGAGACGGUGUCCCCGAAAAUCAAAUCCCGCAGCUGUGACGAUCUUCUAAACGAUGACUGUGAUAGCUUCCCCGACCCCAAAACCAAGUCAGAGAGUAUGGGUUCUCUGUUAUGUGAAGAGGACUCCAAGGACAGCUGCCCUAUAGCGUGGGCCUCCCCCUACAUCCAGGAGGGUCGGAGUAACGGCAGGUCAAGGUUCCGCCACAGGUCAGCCCACAACGCCCCGGGGUUCCUCAAAAUGUACAGGAAAAUGCAUCGCAUUAACCGCAAGGAUUUGAUGGCGUCGGAGGUGAUCUGCUCCGUCAAGUCGAGGAUAAUGCAGUACGAGAAGGAGCAGCAGCACAAGGGCUUGCUGCACGGAUGGAGCCAGUCCUCCACCGAGGAGGUGCCCAGGGACAUGGUCCCCACCCGCAUUUCUGAAUUCGAAAAGCUGAUUCAAAAGUCCAAGUCCAUGCCCAAUUUAGGAGACGAAAUGUUAUCUCCCAUCAGCCUAGAAGCUCAACAAAAUGGUUUAUGUCCCAAGAGGAGAUUUUCCAUUGAGUCUUUGCUGGAGGAAGAAGGUCAGAGCAGACACGCUUCGCAUAUGCAGCGGAGCUACGAGCCCCAAGCCCUGGUACCGAUUCAUAUCGAAGUCACUAGUGAUGAGCAGCCCAGAGCGCACGUAGAGUUCUCGGAUAGCGACCAGGACGGCGUCGUGUCUGACCACAGCGAUUACAUUCACGUCGAAGGAUCGUCCUUCUGCAGCGAGAGCGACUUCGAUCACUUUUCUUUCACGUCCUCUGAAAGCUUCUACGGGUCCAGCCACCAUCACCACCAUCACCACCAUCACCACCACCGACACCUGAUCAGCUCCUGCAAAGGCAGAUGCCCGGCCUCCUACACCCGGUUCACUACGAUGCUGAAACACGAAAGAGCCAAACACGAGAACACUGAAGAGCCCAGAAGACAAGAAAUGGACCCUGGGCUCUCUAAGCUUGCAUUUCUGGUCAGUCCCGUGCCUUUCCGGAGGAAAAAAAAUUCGACGCCCAAAAAACAGACUGAAAAGGCAAAAUGUAAAGCUUCUGUAUUUGAGGCUCUGGACUCUGCCCUUAAAGACAUCUGUGACCAGAUUAAAGCCGAAAAGAGAAGGGGAAGUCUGCCGGACAACAGCAUCCUGCACCGUCUCAUCAGUGAGCUUCUGCCGGAUAUCCCCGAGAGGAACUCGUCGCUUAGAGCUCUGAGAAGGAGCCCCAUGCACCAGCCUUUCCACCCACUGCCUCAGGACGGUGCUAUGCAUCGUCCGUUGUACCAGAACGAUUGUGGGAGAAUGCCUCACAGUGCCUCUUUCCAAGACGCGGACACCACCACCGCCAGCUACCGUCACCAAGACUAUGACAGUGCACGGAGUCUCCAAGACCAUGAGUCCCCUAGAAGUUAUGCAUCCACCAUGACUGACCUGGGGAGAAGCGCACCUCGGGAAAGAAGAGGAACUCCGGAAAAAGAGAAAUUGCCUGCAAAAGCUGUUUAUGAUUUUAAAGCUCAGACAUCUAAGGAGCUGUCGUUUAAGAAAGGAGAUACUGUCUACAUCCUCAGGAAAAUAGAUCAAAACUGGUAUGAGGGAGAGCACCACGGCAGAGUGGGCAUCUUCCCAAUCUCCUACGUCGAGAAACUCAUACCUCCCGAAAAAGCACAGCCCGCAAGACCCCCUCCGCCAGCGCAGCCUGGAGAAAUCGGAGAAGCUUUGGCCAAAUAUAAUUUCAGCGCUGACACAAAUGUGGAGCUAUCGCUGAGAAAGGGAGAUAGAGUUAUUCUUCUUAAAAGAGUUGAUCAAAACUGGUAUGAAGGUAAAAUCCCAGGAACCAGCAGACAAGGCAUCUUCCCUGUUUCCUAUGUAGAAGUUGUCAAGAAGAAUCCAACCACAGGUGCUGACGAUUACCCCGACCCUCCAAUCCCCCACAGCUACUCUAGUGAUAGACUCCACAGCUUAAGUUCCAAUAAGCCACAGCGUCCUGUGUUUACUCAUGAAAACAUUCAAGGUGGGGGGGAACCGUUUCAGGCUCUGUAUAACUAUACUCCUAGGAAUGAAGAUGAGCUGGAGCUCAGAGAAAGUGACGUCAUUGAUGUGAUGGAGAAGUGUGACGAUGGAUGGUUUGUGGGAACCUCAAGAAGAACCAAAUUCUUUGGUACUUUUCCCGGAAACUAUGUCAAGAGGCUGUGAAUCGCUGUCUCCCUACAUUGCAAGUCCCACUUCAGCACCACAUCUGCAGACCCUUGCCUGAAAGAGCCCCCUCACCCCCUGCCCCCACUGUCCUGCCUUCUGGUCUCCUCUAGAAGUCCCCCAGCCCUCCCCACCUCUACCUGCCACCAAACCACCAGCAAAGGGACUGCCGCUGCCCAGCCCUGGGGAGGCUGGGGGCUUGCUUCUGCGUGAACGUGCGUAGUCCUGAUUUCUGCUCUAAACUUGGAAAAGUCGCUAUGCGAGAUCAGAGAGAAGAUGGUUAGAGUUAGAAAGGGAGAAGUAUUUGAGGCAAAAAAAAAAAAAAAAAAGGAAAUAAUAUCUGAAGAAUCUCUCUAGUCCACUUUGAAAGGCUUUCUCCCCUCAGGCAACCAGAGAUUGUUUAUUCCUAAAUGCUGUGGUUUGUGUUUUCACAUUCUUAGCUUGGCAGUGUAUUUUCCUUUCACGAGUUUGCCUAGUGUCCUGGUUUACACGACAUGAAAAACUGUCCUUCGGCUAUUGUUUGCCUGCACUUACAUAUUGUAAUACGCACAGUGAUUACAAAACCUAAAGCAAGCGUAGGAAAGUUAAUUCGGAUGAGUGUGAUUUUAUUGAUUGAAUGUGAGUUUUCAAAUAGGAGUCUUUUCCUGCAGUUUUUUUUCUGUACUUUUUAGAAGUGCAAACCGUUAAGUGAAUAAGAGCCUUUGGUAAUAAUCAUGAGACUAUAAGAGGUUUAGCUAGACUACAAAAAAAAAAAAAAAAAAAAAAAAAAAAAACCAACAAAAAAACAAAAACCUAUUGUGUUGUAAAGUUGCAUUGCUAUUUUAUAUUAAAAUGUAAUAAUCAGCAUCAUGAACAAUGAGCUCUUAGUGUUUUAUUUAUCUGGUAAAAUUUUAAUAAAAGCAGUGUUAGUGAGAGGUGCAAAGAAUUAUUCUAACGUAGACACUUGAAAGUAUCUGUAAGCAAUAUUCAUAGGUAAGUUUUCACUGUGUGCACACAUAUACAUUUGAGAUUGUACGAGAACAGACAAUCCAUAUGGUGUGUUGUACAUUUUAUGGAAAUGUAAAGGAAUCCCACACGUUAUUUUAUAGAAAUAGAGUACUUCAGAAGCAUCACAAGUAUUAUGGCUGGUUUUAGCAAGGAUUAUGAUCAAUACAAUUAUUUUUACUACGAUAGUUAUUUUUCUUCUACGGAACUCAGAAUCCUGGCAACAUUUGAGGACAGGAAUAUGUUGAGCCUGAUUUUCCUGGUGUGUGUGAAAUAUUUCCUUGGAAUCCAUGAGGCACUUUCGGAAGCAAUGUUAAAUCCUUCAGGUUAUGUUUUCUGCCCUGAAGUAGAAAUUCACAAAUUGGCUCUGGGACCUGAAAGAUUUAACGUGGCUAACAGUGCCUGAACUACACAUACCUUGAGAACUAGCUUUGUAUUUCUUAUGACUUUGCAUAAGAACUAUUCAUAUCUGGAUCUUGAGCACCUUAUAGAUUAAACUUUUUAUGGCAUUUCUUCUGUGGACAGUGAUUGAUCUUUUCACAAUGUACGUAGACUCCAGAAUUUUGUACAUACGUUUGCUCCUUUUUUUGUACAGACUAUUUAGUCGUCGAGAAAAACGGAAAUUUCCUAAUUUGGUCUUUCUCUUUCACUUUAAACUAAGCUAAAACACUUUCCAACAGAUUAUCCUUCACAUAUCCCGCAGAUCACAAGCACGCCUUGAUUGUGCAAUUCUGUAAGAUAGAAUUUAUGCAAACAUUUAUGAACUUAAAAGAUCUUAGCAGCCAAACUGAAAUGUACUGAUUACAGAGGAGUUUCAUUCGUUAGAAGGUAAAGAAACAUCUUCGAGUAGCCUACCUUGAUAACUGUCAAGUUUGCAAUCAGCUUUAUAUCUUAAAGGCUUUGGGUUUGAAAUUAAGUCAAGUGCAUGCAGCUUUGCUGAUAAAUGAGUAAUUAUCCUUGAUGCCAUUUAUGAGAAAAGAUUUCAAUAUCUGUUGCCUGUCAUAUUUAAGAAAAAUUACUGUUUCUACUCUCUGUAUCUGAUUUUAAAAGAAAAAAAAAUGUUCAUACCUGGCUUUCAGGUAAUUGACUUUGAAUUCUUACAAGCGAAGGUCAUUGUGUUUUUCUUGAAUAGACACCUAAUAAAUUUUGCUUGGAAGUAUA